AUGUCUGACGUGCAGAACGCGACCUCCCCUGCCGGCCAGGCCUCCUCUCCAGAUGCUGCUGCCACGAACGGUAACCAGGUCAACACCACCAUCCCAGCCCCGGGCAACGACGUGAACGACAUGCCGACUCCCACCUCGGCCGCUCCCUCCAACGCCAACCCGAACUCGGCCUCGCUCUAUGUCGGUGAGCUCGACCCUUCCGUCACCGAGGCCAUGCUCUUCGAGCUCUUCUCUUCCAUCGGACAGGUCGCGUCGAUCCGUGUCUGCCGUGACGCCGUCACCCGCCGCUCGCUUGGCUACGCGUACGUCAACUACAACAGCGCCAGCGAUGGCGAGCGCGCUCUCGAGGAGCUGAACUACACUCUAAUCAAGGGCAAGCCAUGCCGCAUCAUGUGGUCGCAGCGUGACCCAGCUCUGCGCAAGACUGGCCAGGGCAACGUUUUCAUCAAGAACCUGGACGGCGCGAUCGACAACAAGGCUCUCCACGACACUUUCGCUGCCUUCGGCAACAUCCUCUCUUGCAAGGUCGCUCAGGACGAGCACGGCAAUUCCAGAGGCUACGGUUUCGUCCACUACGAGACUGCCGAGGCUGCUAACUCGGCCAUCAAGUCGGUUAACGGCAUGCUUUUGAACGAGAAGAAGGUCUUCGUCGGCCACCACAUCCCAAAGAAGGAUCGCAUGAGCAAGUUCGAGGAGAUGAAGGCCAACUUCACCAACAUCUAUGUCAAGAACAUCGAUCUUGAGGCCACUGACGAUGAGUUCCGCGCCAUGUUCGAGAAGUACGGUGACAUCACUUCCGCUUCGCUCGCGCACGACCAGGAGGGUAAAUCCCGCGGCUUCGGCUUUGUCAACUACAUCCGCCACGAGGAUGCUGGCAAGGCUGUUGAGGAACUCAACGGCUCCGACUUCAAGGGUCAGGCUCUGUACGUCGGCCGUGCUCAGAAGAAGCACGAGCGUGAGGAGGAGCUGCGCAAGCAGUACGAGGCCCAGCGCCAGGAGAAGAGCGCCAAGUACCAGGGCGUCAACCUCUACGUGAAGAACUUGGCUGACGAGAUCGAUGACGACGAGCUCCGCAAGAUCUUCGAGCCAUACGGUGCUAUCACUUCUGCCAAGGUCAUGCGCGACACCAUCCCAGCCGAUGAGGUCGCUGCCUCGAAGAAGGACGACGAGAAGUCGGACGACGAGAAGAAGAGCGAAGACGAGGAAAAGAAGGAGGAGGAUGACAAGAAGGAAGAGGGCGAGAAGAAGGAAGAUGACGUUGAGGAUGUGACCAAGAAGCUGGACACCAUCACCAUCGGCGGCGAGAAGAAGGUUCUCGGCAAGAGCAAGGGCUUCGGCUUCGUCUGCUUCUCGAACCCUGAUGAGGCUACCAAGGCCGUCACCGAGCUCAACCAGAAGAUGAUUCACGGUAAGCCACUCUAUGUGGCUCUGGCGCAGCGUAAGGAGGUCCGCAAGAGCCAGCUCGAGGCCAGUAUCCAGGCGCGCAACCAAGUCCGCAUGCAGCAGCAGGGCCCAGCCGGCGCCAUGCCACCACAGUUCAUGCAGCCGCAGAUGUUCAUGGGUCCCAAUGGUCAGCCAAUGAUGAUGCCAGCUCAGGGUGGCCGUGGUCAGAUGCCACAGAUGCCGUUCAUGGGUGGCAUGCCGCAGCAAGGUGGUCGUGGCGGUUUCCCACAGCAGGGUGGUCGUGGUCAACCUCAGAUGCCACAAAUCCCAUACGGCAUGGCACCACAGAUGGGCUUCCCACAAGGUUACGGCGCCAACCCACAAGCCUACGCUCAGCUCAUGCAGGCUGCUCAAGCUCAAGCCAUGGGUGGACGUGGUGCUGGUCGCGGUGGCCCAAUGCCCGGCAUGCCAAUGAUGCCUGGUAUGAUGCCAGGUAUGCCCGGUAUGCCACCACAGAUGGGUCAGCCAGGCGGUAUGCCAUCCGGUCGUGGCGGCUUCGGCGGUCAGCGCGGAGGCAUGCAGGGCGGCAUGGGUCGCGAUGGUGAGGCACGCGGUCGUGCAGGCAACCCUCGCGGACAAGCCGCUGGCAUCGACCUCGGUGCUCUCGGCCAAGCUCCACCUGCUCAGCAGAAGCAAAUGCUCGGCGAGGCACUCUACCCCAAGAUCCACGCUCAGCAACCUGAGCUCGCUGGGAAGAUCACUGGUAUGCUUCUCGAGAUGGACAACGAGGAGCUCAUCGGACUCACGGGCGAUGACAACGCUCUUCGCGAGAAGGUCCAGGAGGCCCUCAACGUCUACGACGAGUACCUCAAGAACCACAACGGCCCAUCCGGCGAAGGCCAGAGCGAGGCUCAGCCCAACGGUACCGAGAACCUCAACCCAGGUGUUGAGGAGACCAAGGAUGCCGAGGCUUAG